CCAUGCCAGUCCACAACACCAUACCAUAAUACACCACAGGACACCACCAUAUCACACCACCACUAGAUACCACGACACACCACCACACAACACUAUUACCUCCACCACCACCACCACCACCACCAUCACUACACAUCAUACCAUACCACACAACACCACACUACACUACACCACACCACACUACACCACGGCAUUCUUGGCGCCCUGACCUGCCCAGUGCUGACGAGCCCUGUCAAGCCGCUCCGACCCCCUCCCCGUCCUGCCACGGGUCACGCGGAGUACUGUGUGAAGGCGGUGAUGGAGGAGCUGCAGAAGGCGCCUCUCGACCCCAGCAGGAGGGGCAGGUGCUUAACGAUGAGGCGUGAGCAGCAGGCGAAGCAGAAGCAGUAACUUUAAUAGCCCAGCCAGCGCCUAAAUUUAUACGUCACAAGCGCUGCCAGCCAACAGAGGUGCCAAGAGGGGCCGGCACUACCACCACCACCACCACCACCACCACCACCACCACCACCACUACCAGCAUUUCUUACCUAGUGAUCGGUGUGUUCCUCUCCGCUCCGGCUUCUGAAACACAGUGGAUGUGAUUCUUCUACCUCCUCCUCCUCCUGCUGGGUCUUCCUCCUCCUCCUCCUCCUCCUCCUCCUCCUGGAAGCGCGGCUCGUGAUGGAGGACGAGGAGAGCCCUGAGGAGUGUAAGGUCUGCAUCACCAACUAUGACAAGGCGAAGAGGAGGCCGCGGACCCUCCCCUGCGGUCACUCCUUCUGCUCGCUGUGCCUCGGGGGGAUGAUCAAGGAGGAGAAACUCACGUGCCCCUCCUGCAGGAACACCCACAACGCCGCCUCCCCCGACGCCUUCCCCAUCAGCUACGACAUGGAAGCAAUUAUACGCAAACUGAAGAUCCUACAGUACAAGGCUGAGUUCUCUAACAGCCCGGAUGGUCCUGCAGCGGUGAAGGAAAAGGUGGAGAGCGUGAAGAGAGUCCUGGCCCGCCUGCAGGAGACUCUGACGCAGCUGGGGCGGUACGAGUCACAACUGCAGGACUGGGUGGGUGACCAUGAUGAUCUGCUGACAAGACUCACGAACCUGGUGGUGAAGAAUCAAUCCGCUGUGAGACUCCUGAAGGACGAGCGGGGGAUCCUUGAGUACCAGCGGAGUAAGGGGGAGGAGGCCGUGCGGCAGCUGGAAGCCAUGCAGGAGAGCCUCACCGCCGCUGCGAGUCCCCAGGAGGCGGUGUGUGCCAUUGACGAGAGCGAGGCCAGGAGCAGCGAGGCGGAGGACUGGAUGGAGCACUGCCACACUAUCUUCCCGGACCAGAUCACCGUGCACACCUCCCUCACGGUACGCAGGAUGACGAGCCGCGCCCUGGAGGAGGCCAAGAAGGCGGAGGAGGGCGGCAGUUCCUCGGGUGACCUCCACUCCACGCCUGAGUCACCCACAGUCCUCACCAUCAUGGAGAAGGUGGACCUCAUCGCCCCCGUGCUGUCAGUGGAGACUCUGCGCCGUUUGGGAGACCCCGUGAAGACUCUGCUGGAGGAGGGGCGGGUGGGAGCGGCGCAGCACCAGCGAGAGGGGGGCGAGGAGGGGGCCACGCACAGCUCGCGGCGCGCCAGACUCUCCCUCCGCGAAGGCCUAGUCCACCUCCACGCCCUCGAAGAUCAGACAGAAUCUACGCCCGCGCCUACACACUUGAUUCCGCACGAGGCCUUGGUUCAUCUACUGGACUACACCUCGAGCCUGGUCUUCCUGACGCUGGCGUGGGCGGGAGCGGAGGGCGGCACGGUGUACAUCCGCCUCACGCCAGACACGGAGCUCGCCCGGCAGUUCCUCCUCCUCUGUAGCGGGGAGACGGGGCCCUCCUACCGCCACUCCCGCCUGCUGGGGGUGUGGAACAAAGGCACGGAGUUUGAAAUGGUGGGCGGCGGGGACUAUGAUAGGAAUGAUGGACACGGCGGAGCACCCAUCGUGGAGAACCUGCGGCCGAGGCGGGAGUACCAGAGACCUGCACUGGCGGGGACUGUGAGGGCAAUGCACGGGCCGGUUAGCAGUAAAAGCGCGCAGUUUUCUAUCAGUACUCAAGAUUGCGCGAGUCGAGAGUGGCACUGGGCAUUCGGGCGUGUGGAGAAGGGACUGGAUGUGGUGCGGGCGGCGGCUAACCACACUGCGAUCAAGGAGGUGACUGUGGUGGACUGUGGUGUGGUGGUGCCGCUGUGAUGCUGCGCGGGUGUGUGGUGUGCUGUGUGUGAGUGUGGUUGGUGAUGUGAUGUGGUGCAGAUGUGGUGGGUUUGUGGUGUUGGUGGUGCGUUUAGGAAUGUGGUGCUGUGGUGUGGUUAAAAUGCUGUGGUGAGCUUAUGGUGUCACUGAAAAGGAUAAGAACAACAUCCACAGCACAAUGACAACUGACAACAGAGAAAAUGAGAGGCAUGGAAAUAAUGAAAGAAAAGAGGAGAAAAGAAACAGCAAAAGGAAAAAAAUCACCAUGAAAAGAAAGAGAAAGAGGAAACAAAACACAAAACCAUAAAAUCACAUCACGAAAAUAAAGCAAAAUGAAUAUGCACAACUUAACUAAUUAAUAAAAUAAAUAAAUAAAAUAAAAAUUAACACACAU